AUGCCUCCUCGUCUACCACUGCGGCUGAAAGCCCUAUCAUGCGACCCUCUCCCAUCUGCCUCUGCAUCAGUUGGAGCGGCACCGUCGGUCUCGGCGAUCCCAGCCUUUCUCCUUCCCUUUCUUCACCAUCAACCUCAAUCCCCUCAACGACGGCAUGCCUCCGUCCUAACCUCCUUGUCCGACCGGCCUGGGGCGUACAAUCGAAAAAUACGAAGAGGGCGAGGUCCCGCGUCAGGCAAAGGAGGUAAAUCCGGCAGGGGCUCAGACGGACAGAAACAACACGGCAAAGUGCCAGAGGGGUUCAAUGGAGGCCAAACGCCCGAGCACAUCGUGCACGGCAAAUAUGGUUUCAUCAAUCAAUUUGCGAACGACAUGUCGCCCGUCAACUUGGACAAGAUCCAGUCCUGGAUUGACCAGGGCCGCCUCGACGCCUCCCGACCAAUUACGCUGAAAGAGCUGAGUGCAUCGCGUCUGCUGGGCCAGAUCAAAGACGGCGUCAAAUUACUGGGCAAUGGCGCCUCCGAUCUGAAAACCCCGAUCCACAUCGUCGUGUCCAGGGCGUCGCAGUCGGCAAUUGCUGCGGUCGAGGCACUGGGCGGCACGGUCACCACGCGCUUCUAUACCGCGCAGGCGAUCCGGCGCAUCAAGGCCGGCUCCACGCAUCCAUUCGUCUCGAUGCGCUGGGACGCCGUGGCGCUGAACAACCCGCACCUGGCCGUCGAGGGCGCAGAGGCCAUCGAGAACCGUGUCAAGGCCAUGGGAUUUCGCUACAGACUGCCGGAUCCGAGCUCUAGAAAGGAUCUGGAAUACUAUCGCGACGCAAAGCACCGGGGAUAUCUGAGCCACACCGUCAAGGAGGGAGAGAUGGCAAGUCUGUACUUUAAAGAGCCUCUCAGCGAGGAGCAGUUGAAGGCUCUGAAGAGGGAGAGUGCCAGGGGCGGCAGAGCCGCCAAGAGGAACGAAGGCGACAAAUUGUGGUAA